UUUCACCACAAAAAAAAACAAACGGUAAAUAAAUGAUCAUCAUCAUCAUCGGUAGCAGCCGAAACAACGCCCAGCAAUCUAAUAUUGUUUUUGGAUUUGUUUUUUUUGUGAUUUUUUUAUUUCUGGCGAAACCAAGGCAACAAAACCAAAACAAUCUUUUAAUUUCUUUUCUUUGUGAAAUAAUGAUGAUGAUGAUGAUUUUGUACACAAUUGAUAAUUGAUUUUUUGAUGUCAUCCUAAAUUGUACGCCAUUUAAAAACAAUGAUUCAUUUGUAUUGAUUGAUUCGCUGCGUUUCUAUUUUUGUUUUGGGUAAAAAAAACGAAGAAGAAGAAAAGAAAAAUGUCAUAUUCACAAUUUCAACAUCAAAAAUUUCAAAAUGAUCCUGAAUUUGAAUCAAUUUUGGAUUUGGAUAAUGUUGAAUUAUUUAAUCGUGAUACAUUAUAUUAUCCGAAUCAAAAAUCAUUGUUAAAUUUUCUAAAUAAACAACGUUUACAAAAUCAAAAUGUUCGUAAAAAAUUAACACAAAUAUUACUUGGUUUGAUAAUAUUAUUCUCUUCGAUUUUAUUAAUAUUUUCAAUUAUUGGUUUUAUUCGUUAUUAUCAAAAUGUACAAAAUGAUUCAAUAAAAUUGUUGGAUGAACAAAUAUGGGCAAAUAAAAUGCAAAGUUUAGAACAAUGUCAAUCAAUCGAACCAGCCGAACGUAUUGAUUGUAAUCCCGAUCCACCAAUAUCGAAAGAAAUUUGUGAACAACGUGGUUGUUGUUGGAAUCCAAUUGAUCGAAUAUAUUCAGAAUUUUUAUCACUUGAUACGAAAAAAUCUGAAACAUCAUUACCACCAAUCAAUAUACCAUUUUGUUAUUUUAAUCCAAUCGAUUAUAAUGGUUAUAAAAUUGUUGAAAAUCAAUCGGAAAAUGGAUAUUAUUUUAUACAUUUGAAACGAAUGAGGCCAUCAGGUUUCCCCAAUGAUAUUCCGCAUGUUCAAUUAGAAAUUUAUGAAUUAACGGAUGAAAUUUUACGUAUAAAAUUUACUGAUUUACAUAAUCCACGUUUUGAAGUACCUAUACCUAAAUUGAAUAUCCCUACUCAAAUGGUUGAUGAUUCAACAAAAUUAUAUUCAAUUGAAUUAAAGGAUUCUAAUCUAAUUAUCAAACGUCGUUCAAAUGGACAAUCAAUAUUUAAUGUAAAUCUUCAAUUGUUGAUAUAUUCAGAUCAAUUUAUACAACUGACAACUGGAUUACCAUCAGAAUUUAUAUAUGGUAUUGGUGAACAUCGUGAACCGUUUCGUAAAUCAACUAAUUGGAAACGUUAUACGUUAUUUAAUCGUGAUCAAUAUCCAAUAUCAGAUUCAUCAUUAUAUGGUUCACAUCCAUUUUAUUUAUCUGUUGAAGAAUUGAAUGAUAAACAACCUGCAAGUGGUGUAUUCCUGUUCAAUAGUAAUGCUAUGGAUAUUAUAACACAACCAUCACCUGCAAUAACUUUUCGAACGAUUGGUGGUAUUUUAGAUUUUUUCCUAUUUCUCGGUCCAAAACCUGAACAAGUUGUACAACAAUAUCAUCGAUUAAUCGGGUUACCAACAAUACCACCAUAUUGGUCAUUAGGUUUUCAUUUAUCAAGAUUUGGUUAUCGUAAUUUAACUAAUUUAAUGGCAACAUUUAAUCGAAAUCUUGAAGUUGAAAUUCCAAUUGAUGUUCAAUGGACUGAUAUUGAUAUGAUGACCUCAGCAAAUGAUUUUACAUAUGAUGAAAAACAUUUUAAAGGUUUACCCGAUUUUAUUGAUAAUGUUUUACAUAAAAAUGGUAUGAAAUUCGUACCAAUGUUUGAUCCAGGAAUAUCUGCUAGUGAAUCACCAACCGGUUCAUAUCCACCAUAUGAUUAUGGUGUUGAAUUGGAUAUUUUUAUUAAAAAUUCAUCAAAACAAAUAUUUAUCGGAAAAGUAUGGAAUCGACAAUCAACAGUAUGGCCAGAUUUUUUUCAUCCGAAUGCGACAAAAUAUUGGACAAAAAUGUUUUCGGAUUAUCAUCGACAGAUUUCAUUUGAUGGUGCAUGGAUCGAUAUGAAUGAACCAUCAAAUUUUGUUGAUGGUCAACUUCGUUUUGGUUGUCCACGAAAUAAUAAUUUUGAAUUACCACCAUAUACACCUGGUAUGACUGAUGAUAGUCUGACUUUAAGACAUAAAACAUUAUGUAUGACAGCUAGACAUUAUAAUGAUCAAUUACAUUAUAAUCUUCAUAAUUUAUAUGGAUUACAAGAAACAAUCAUAACAAAUAAAGCACUGAAAACUACAUUAAAUAAACGUCCAUUCAUAAUAUCACGAUCAACUGCACCAGGACAUGGACAUUUUGGUCAUCAUUGGACAGGUGAUAUUGUAUCGGAUUGGUCAUCAAUGCGUUGGUCAAUAUCAUCCAUAUUGAAUUUUAAUCUAUUCGGUAUACCAAUGGUUGGUGCUGAUAUUUGCGGUUUUAAUGGUAAUACAACGGAAGAAUUAUGUGCACGUUGGCAUCAAUUGGGUGCAUUCUAUACAUUUGCACGUAAUCAUAAUACAGAUGAUGCUAUUGAUCAAGAUCCAGCUGCAUUAGGACCAUAUGUAAUACAAGCAGCAAAAUAUGCUUUGCUAGUUCGUUAUGCACAUCUGCCAUAUUUAUAUACAUUAUUCUAUAAUGUUCACCAGAAUGGUGGUACAGUAUUACGACCAUUAUUUUUUGAAUUUCCUGGCGAUCAAAAUUCCUAUAAAAUUGAUACACAAUUUAUGUGGGGUAGUUCGAUGAUGAUUGCACCGGCUUUAUUACCAAAUCAGAAAAAGAUUGAUGUAUAUUUUCCCAAAGGAACAUGGUAUUUUAUCAGUGAUUAUCAACGAAUCGAAGGACGUGGUGAAUUUAUAUCAAUGCCUGCAUUACCAACAUAUCCAAGUGUUUAUUAUCGUUCUGGAUCAAUUAUACCAAUACAGAAACCAAAUAUAACAACAGAAUCAACCAGGCAAGAACCAUUUAGUUUGUUGAUUGUAUUGGAAAAUGAACAAUCGGAUGCCAUUGGAUCAUUAUUUAUGGAUUCAGGUGAUGAUAUUGAUAGUGUCGAACUUGGACAUUAUAAUCUAUAUGAUUUUAAAGUGAAAGAUCAAAAAUUAUCAAUCGAAUCAAAACAUCUUGGCUAUCAAACAAAAUUAAUUAUUGAUGAAAUAAUUUUGGUUGGAUUUUAUCGAAAACCAAAAUCAAUUUCAAUUGAUGAUAAUAAAAAAAUUGAUCCCUCCAAUUUUAAAUAUGAUAAAAUUCGUCAUACAUUAACCAUCAAUAAUUUACAGCUAUCAUUAUAUACGAAACAAAAUUUGAUGAAAAAAAUUUCAAAUCAAAUUUAUUGGAAUUUAUUAUCUUGAUAAAAACACCCAAACACUUGUUCUGUUUUUGUUUCUGUUUGCAUAAAUCUUAUUUGUAUAAUAUGAAAUAACCUUGUAAAUUUUUUUUUAAAAAUUGAUAAUUUUUAUCAAUAUUAUCAAUAGAAUCGUUUCUGUCAAGUGCCACUUAAUUAGAAUAAAUAAAAAACAAUUUAAUUUUC